GCCCGACGGAACUCCCCCUGUCCAUCAAGGCCAUAGAAUCUGCACUGCUGUGCCUAUCCAUGUAAGACCUAUCGCCACCUAUCGCCUUCGCAAACGAUGAUCCAGAAGAAGAAGCUGAGCGUAUUCGUCGCCCCGGAGGACGUCGAUUCCCUCCUGAACGUGCCGCCCCAGAAGAAGCCCCCUGCCCUCGAGCCCCUUCUUCGCAUCCGCGUCAUUCGUGACGUCUCCCAGGACAGUCACUACAAAGACAGCCAUCAGGGGGAGGAGGGGGCCGCCGCGGAUUUCCAGUGCGUGGAGCGUCUGCCUGACGGCGCGUUUGAGACGUUUGAGAACCUUCUGGUGUCGCUGAAGGGCCGGCAUGAGGGGCCCCUGGAGUGGGUGGAGCCGGGAGUGGAUCGGCUGCGGGUGUUCUGUGGGGCGGAGUGGUAUGCUCUUGAGAAGGAUGCGUCACAGUUUUAUAAGGCGGUCAGUGACUCGGCAGGAACAGACAGACAGAGAGACAGAGAGACAGAAAGGUGGCUACAUGUUCUUGUGUGUGCCCUUCUCUAUCUCUCUGUCUGCUCCAAAACCUGCAGUAUCCUCUCGACCCCGUUCGGCCUUUCUUCGAGCAAGCUGCCAAGGGCAAAGCCCUCUCUCGGUCCGUCAUGCCUGCUGGCGCUAGCGUUGGAGCUGGUGCCGGCGGUCUGCCCACCCACCCCACACACGUGACAUACGUGGUCUCUGUCAGCUAUGACAGCCCCAGAGGGGGCUACAUCGACCAACAGACAAUCAGAAGAACGAGGGGCUUUGUUGCAGGUCAGUGGGCGGGUGGGUGUCUCUUUCCGGUGACAGGUAGAUGAGCGAUUUCUCUGUGUCUGUUCAUGUGUGUGUGUGUGUGUGUGUGUGUGUGUGUAGAGGAGGCGUUCAAGGCGACUUACCUGAGGCGGAUGGUGACCAAGACCAGGACCAAGAGAGCCCGCACCCGCACUCCGCAGCUGGCCACGGUCUCCCUGCGCACCACCAAGGACGGCACAGGCGACAAACGGCAUUUCGUCUUCCCCGACGGCAAGUACCGCCGCUCCAGCUUCCUCGCACCCAUCCCGGCUCCCACCCCCUCCAACAUCAUCGAUGCAGCCGAGCGGCAGAAGGGCACGGCCGUCACGCCAAGCCAGUCGUUCUACAAGGGUGUUCGGACCAAGGCCAGCUUGAUGAGCCGAAUGGUGCGGUCGUGGCGGCGGUCGCUCUUGGGGUGUGUGGGGUGGAAAGACGUGGAUGACGCGUCGCCCGAUGAAGAGGCCGAGGAUGCCGCAGCGGUCAGCGAAUGGCGCAGCAGCCGCAUAACACGCGUUUCUAGGACGAGUUUGUUUCUGUGGUCACUCACGUCUUGCCACAGACCGAGCGAGUCUCCCCUGAGCUGAUGGACCGGCUUGACACUGUCUUUGGGCUGUUCAUUGUUUUGAACGCCAUCUUCCUGGGCAUCGAGACCGACUGGCGACCGAGAAAGUAGGUCGGUCGGUUGGCUGUGUGUGUGACGCAGAAAGGACAUUGGUCGGUCGUUUGCAUGUAUGUGUCUCGGUUGUUGUCUUGUCUUGAUACCUGCGUCGUCCAUCAGUGUGACCGCCUGGGACGGGGGGCCAGAUUUUUGGGGCUGGUAUGCCGUGCAGAAUUUGUUUUGUGUCGUGUUUCUGCUGGAGAUGCUCAUCCGAAUAUGGAUCCUACGCAGCAGGUGGGGUCGGCCACGCAGAGAGACAGAGACAGGGCUCGUCGACCUGCCUGUCUGUCUGUCUGUCUGUGUGGGAUCGAGCGCAGGUAUGUGACGGAUCCCUUCAACUUCUUCGAUGGGUGUCUGGUCCUCCUUGGCCUCGUCGACACAUGGGUACACAGACAGACAGACAGACACACAGACAAACAGACAAACAGACGAUCGGUCGGUGAUCACGGGAGCAAUUGUUCGUGUCUCGCCCACUGACUUUUGCUCUCCUCCACACCUAGUCAGUUUCUGACGUGGCUGAUGCCGCAAGAGAGCCAGAAGCAGGAGGGCGUGCGGAUGAUCCUCAUGCUCAGGAUAUUCCGCCUCUUCAGACUCGCUCGCAUGGUGCGGCUCUUGCGCAUCUUCAGAGAACUAUUACGCCACACUGAGCGUGUGUGGCGGCGCGUUACGGGAACGUUUCCGGAGAGAGGCGGGGCGUGUGGUGUCUUGUCUGGCUGCAGGCUGAUUAUGAACGGCCUGGCUGCGUCGAUCCGGACGCUCGGGUGGACGGGCUUUCUGCUGUUUUUCAUCAUAUACACGGCAGCCGUCUUGUACGCAGCUGGCCACACAGACUCAACUCACACAGGCACAGACACACCUUUGGUAUGCGUGUGUGCGUCUGUGUCUGUGUCUGUGUGUGUCAGCGUGACUCAGCUAGUGGUCGGUGACAAGCAGCUGGCGGGCAACGAAGAGGCCUCAGGCUACUGGGGCACCGUCGGCAAAUCAAUGUGUGUGUGCGCGUAUGUGAGCAGCCAGCCGAUGGAGAGAGAACCCAUCCAUCCAUCCAUCCAUUCAUGGAGUAUGUCUCUGCACCCACCGUGGCGUGCAGGUUUUCCCUCUUCCAGAUGGUCACGCUGGAGGGAUGGGAAAGUGAGUGAGCUGAACAAGACCAGCCGUCCCACCCCCAGCCACACACCUUUCUCUGUCCCAUGCGUCACGUCAGGUUUGGCCCGUCCGGUGAUGGCUCGCCUCCCCGGCAUCAAGAUCUUCUUCAUUCUCUUCCUCAGCGUCUCGGCCUUCGCCAUCAUGAACCUCGUCAUCGCCAUCAUCUGCGAGCAGACGCUCGCCACGGUGCGGGAGGACGAGCGCAGCGUGGCCAAGCGGCUCAAGGCCGAGCAAGAGGCAUUCUUCUCUGAGGCCUCCAAGAUAUUCUCCCUUAUCGACACUGACGUCUGGGGGGAGGGGGAGAAAGGAUCACGUGAAUCAGGCGGGAGAGAGUCUCUCUGACCCUCUCUGUGCGUGUGGUGUGUGCAGAUGGACGGGCUUGUGAGCAAAAGAGAGAUGAGAGACGGCAUGAAGGACGUCAAAGUGAGUGAUUUGAUUGAGACAUACACAUGCGUCCAAGGGACACGACUAGCAUGAUUGUGCACUGUGCCUUUCACUCGCUCUCUGUGUGUGCAGGUGCAGCUGAACCAGUGGGGCAUCGAUCUCGAGAUGCACCAUGCGCUCUUGGAGUUCCUAUUCGACAACGACAAAAUAGCCAAACACACCCAACCACCCCACGAGACAUCACAUAGCCAUCAAAACUCUCUCUCUCUCUCUCUCUCUGUGUGUGUGUGUGUGUGCGUGUGUGUGCGUGUGUGUGCUGGUUGGUGUGUCGAUGGGUGCAGCGAGCGGCUGUCUUGGCCGGUGUUCACCGAUCGCAUGCGGCGCAUCACUGCUCAGGUCAAAGGGGUCGAUGUCUACUGCCUCGAGGUAGACCUCCAUCCAUCCAUCCAGCCAUCGAGCCAUGAAGACCUACACCCACAGCACCACUCGCCCACCCAUUUAUGUGUGCAGGCGGACAUCGACGGCAUCGGCCGGCGUCUCAAGCACAUGGAGCGGAAGCUACUCUACCUCACACAACAGACCGUCGCCUUCUUCGCACACCAGACUGCAGCCAAGAACAGACCUCCCAAGAUCCUGCCCCUCCCACCUGACGACCUCAUCCCCCCACUGGUGGCCCCCUACGCCCACCCAAUGCCACACCGCUCGGCCAUACCCAGCGAAUCUGCCAGCGAUGAUGAGGGAAGAGACAAAGAGGGAGAGGCGGAGGAGGGAGGAGACAUGGACGCUGGCCGUCGGGCGACUAUGAGACUCCCGGCAGCUGAGGGAGAUGAGCAGAGGCCACCAGUGGGCGAGAGGCAGCUGGCGGACCACCCUUCUGUGCAUCGGGCAUCCGUCUCGGACAGCCCCACAGCUCAGUUCCCCUCCUCACCGUUCUUCCCUUCAAAAGCACCACGCCAGCUGCUGUCAGUGCCCGGCCCUCCGUUGGUGAGUGAGCCGCCGUCCGUCAUGGACAUGGACAGCGAGGAGGGGCUUGCUGAGGAGGGGGAGGGUCUUGACGAGUGGGACUACACCACGGUGUCGAUAGACCGUGUGGCUGACGGGGCGCGGACGUGUAUUUCGACCACCUGCUGUACCUGAGCACGCCAAGAGAAUCAGCAGAAGGGGAGGCGGAGAGCGAGCGGUGGGGUCAGCAGAAGGGAGAGGGAGAGGGAGAGAGGGAGCUCUGACAGACGGACAAGGGAUGGCUAUCGCAUUCACGUGUUGCUUACAUAUCGCAAUUAAUGCCUUUCUGACCCUCUGUGGCAUUGUGACUGAGAUCAUGGCCAUACUGUACGUGUGUGUGGAUGUGAUGUUCGCAUUUGAUUGACCGUCGAUCGCAUCAAUCAAUGGCCG